AUGGUUGGAACCCUUCCUCUCCUUCAAGCCCUUGCCGUUGUCGGGACCUUACCCCAUGCUAGCAGAGACGUGUCUAACGCACUUGUCUCCCGUCAAUCAACUUUCGAUCCUUCGGACCUGCCAUCCCAGUGCCAGAGUCCUUGCCAGGUCAUUUCGACCAUGAGCGACUCAAGCUGCGACACUAGCCUGAGCUGCCUCUGCGCCAGCUCUAUUUCAAGCGAGCUGCAGACUUGCAUGUCCUGUCUGGUCGAGGCUGAGCCAACCGUUGAGUCAUCCGCUCAAUCUGCGCUUUCCAGCUACAACGAUGCCUGCGGUACCUCACUUUCCCUUAGCUCGAGCGGUGGUUCGAGCUCUGGGUCUGGAAGCUCAUCUGUCAGUACCGCCACUACCGCUGCUGCUGCUUCCGCCAGUACUGGCUCUUCCAGUUCUUCCAGUCCAUUUACCAAGUCUGGGGGUGCCCUCGGCCUCAAGGCCACUGCUGGUAGUUUCGUCGUGGGUAUCGCUGCUGCCGUCUUGGGUGCUUUCAUGGUCCUUUAA